AUGCUGGAUAUCGAGAAGAUGGAUAUGGCUACUUUGAUUUCUGCUCUAGUUGGGAUUUUGGUGAUUAUGAUCUCGUCGAUCUUUUUCUUCAUCACAAAAGAAAGUCAGGAGUCAAAAAGGGAGGAAGAGUUACCCGAAGAAGGAGAAGAAGAAGGAGCUGGUGAUGCUCCACAUGCCGAAUCAAAGAAAGGUGGCAAAGGGAGAAAGAAUGAUCAGUGGAAAGCGAAGUUGGCUGUGUACAAAUUAGUGAAGAAGGAGGCUGGUGGUACUUACAAAUUUGUCCAUGUGGAAAAUGUGUCUUUUCCAUCCCCACAUACACUGGAUAUUUCUCACUGCGGCAUAUCAUCUACAGGAAAGUAUCUAAUGUCUGCUUCGCCUGACAUGAAGAUUGUGCUGUACGACAUUCACGGAAACAUCUUGAAGAUUUUGGAACCAAAGCUGAGCACCCUGUUUGAUGCCGUGCUUUCACCAGAUGGUCGCUUUGUUGCUGUUUGUGGCUUCACACCGGAUGUUAUUGUCUACGAUGUCACUUUCAAUCGCGAGGGAGUCUUUCAAGAUGCAAAGAAAGCAUUCAAUCUUACGGACCACCAUUCUGGUGUCUUCUCCGUAGCUUUCAAUUCUAAUGCGUCUCGUGCUGUCACAGUGUCUCGCGACGGAUUUUGGCGAGUGUUUGAUACGGAUAUUAGAUACAACGCAGGACAAGAAACCCAAGUUAUAAACAAGUAAGA